AUGGCUGACGACAAACCAAUGAGAAACGGUCAUGCAGACCAGGGCGCAUCACUUGGCUUCGUGGUAGACACUGCUGGCGACGCUACCCUCGGACAACUCGCACCGUCCCUGAGCAAGAAGGUUAGGAAACAAGGCGAACCUGAUCCGCUCUUCACCGGAGCCGUGUCACAUAUUGUCGACAAGAAGCCGCUCGCCAUCGUUGACACCGAAGGCAACGAGACAUUCCGCUGGGAACCGCACAUGCCUGUCCCUAUGGACCCCCGUCUCUGGCAAGGCGUUGUCGUCAAAGAGCUUCCGAAAGCCGUCCGGAAAGUCCGCCGUGACUGGAUGGCUGCCCGUCGCGCGGAGAAGAAGAGUCGCGAAUCACAAGGCAGCAAAGCACCGCUCCAGAAGAAGAGUAAAGGUCAGCGCAAGGUCGAGGCUCGUGAGGAUUUCGUCAAGAAGGUUUUGCACGAGAGCCGUCAAGCCGUCAAGAAUGCUCCCGAUGGUGUGCGGCCGGCCGAAAUUUAUGUCAGCAUCGAUGGCAUCAACGACGUGCCGUUGGUGAAGGUGGAGUCAUUGUACGGACCGUUCAAGAAGGGCGAGUUGGCCUUGGCACGAACGGUGGCCCGGCGGGUGUUGAGGAAUGUGAAGCGGGCGCUCAAGGCGGAGAAGGGGAAGGGGAAGGGGAAGGGGUGGAAGAAGAGGGAGCGGGCUGCGAAGGAUGCAGCGACGAAUGCGGGGAUCAGUGGGUUUGUAGAUCGUGCCAGGAUAGACGUCAAGGCUGGGAGUGCGGUCAAGGAUCUGUUGCUGUAA